AAGACACCUACAUCAUGGAUGCCCUUGAGGUAAGCUAAAACAUACCAAAAAUUAAUUUCAAAGUGAACCAUCUCUUUAAAACAAUUAACUUUCCCAGGUACAAAGUGUAAAGCAUUUCGAAAUGUUUUUUUUUUUUUUUAGUGAGGAAGGAAGUACCUUCAAUUAAAUGAUGCAAAUUGUUGUUUUUCUGUAGAAAAUAUCAAAAUUACUUCUUUUUAUUCGAGAAACAUAUUUAUAAGUGCUGUCAAAUCGAUGAAUCGCCAUUAAUCACAUAUAACAUACAGGUUUGUAUGUGUACACACACACAUUCAUAUACUUUUAUAUAACCGAUUCGACGGCACUAAUAUAAUUUGACCUUUUUUCCUAUCUAAUCUAUUCUCAUUUUCUUAUUUUAAUUUAACUUAAACAUGUUCACCUCAGAACUUUCCUGCUUUAGUCGAUUAAUUAGCAUAACAACAGCUUCUCACGCGCUCGACCACCGUAAAAAUCACACAAUUGCAAAUAACGACAAGCACUGAUACAAAAAACUACACGGCUCUUCAGAAAAGGGCACAUUUUAACCAGAUGCAGGGCAAUAAAUAGCAAAGGAAACGUGUCACCCACUGAGACACAUUCAAAUGUUAAAGUGUGUAAAGGAGGAGUUUAAAGGUUUGGUUUAAACACACUGAGGUCCUUUAACAUGUUAAUUUUACACGUGUCUGUUUGAGGUGUAUAUAAGCGGAGAGAUAGUCAGAUAUCACAGUCGUACUGAAGAAGUUAUACGGACACAUUUACUUGCUGCUCUUGGAACUGACUGUCAGGAUGCGUGAAGGAACCAGUUCCGCACUGCAGGGAAAAACCUCCUUUUCCAUCGCAGACAUUCUGGAUUCCUCCAAAUUCAACGGGAAGCAUCAGGACGCGCGGAGAGACGUCAGGACGCAGGAGAGCUCAAUAAAUAAAGACACUGUCAAGGCAGCUUCAUCUCAGGACAUCCCCGGCACAAAGGGAAAGUCAAAGCGGAUCCGCACCGCGUUCACACUGGAUCAGCUGCGCAUCCUGGAGCGAAGCUUCCAGAACAGCCACUAUCUGUCCGUGUUUGAGCGUCACUGCAUCGCCACAGCCCUCCGUCUGUCUGAAACACAGGUCAAGAUCUGGUUUCAGAACCGGCGCACCAAAUGGAAGAAGGAACAAGAAGGCCAAGAAGGAGAGGAGCAGAACCAUUGUGCACCUCCUGCCUUUGCGCAGAACACUUUUCUGUACGCAGGACAUCAUGCAAAUCCUGUGCAUUAUUACCCAGCACCACAAACACCUUACCUGAACCCAUCUUACCAUCACCAGACCCUCAUGAUGUUCUGAUCUAUGCCAUCAGAGAACAUUUUUAGCGUGUUGUACAGAAACCAGUAUGCUGAUCUAAAGAACCAGUAACUUUUUUUUUAAUCUGUAAUUUUUUGUUCAAAUGUGCUCAACACUGAAGAAAGUGUUUUUAAAAGUGAAUGAAUGACAGCUAUAUAUUUAAUGUGAUAUUUUAUAUUAUAUUUUUUAACUCC